AUGCGAGUCUUUACAGAGUACCCCGUUAACUGUUAUAACAUCCCUGUGGCCAAGCCUGGGAGGUAUUUGCUGCGGCUGGUGAUGUACUAUGGGAAUUAUGACAAGGCCAAGAGCCCACCCGCGUUCAACGUCUCCUUUGGGAUCUCAUUCGCGGCGACGGUGGUGCUGGCGUUGAAGGAGAGGGUGGUGUCAGAAAUCAUCGGCCAAGUUGACUCAACAGAGCUCGAGGUGUGCUUCGUGAGCAUCUACGGCAAGCCGCUGGUGAACGCGCUGGAGCUGAGGCCGCUGCCCCCGGCGUCAUACGUGUCGCUGCCCGACCCCUCCGGAGUCAUGCUGCUCUGGUGGCGCCUCUUCAGUGCCAACGACUCGCUCACCAACCGCAUGCUGCGCUACCCCUACGACCCCUUAGAUCGCAUCUGGGAUGCAGAUGGUGUGAUGGCCACCAGUGGGGGCGCUGCCUCGUCCACCCUCAUGUUCGACUAUUCUCUCGACUCCUACGUUUUUGGCACACCGAUUAACGUUAAGCCGGCUAUAGGGGCUAGAGCCGUGGCUGCAGCUACUUCUGCUGCGAUUGGCACUGGGGAUUCGGGCCGAACAGUGGUGGGGGAGAGUGCGUCAGUAGAAGCAGAGGAAUCGGCGCAAGCGGCGGCAACAGCAGCAGCAGCAGCAGCAGCAGCAGCAGCAGCAGCAGCAGCAGCAGCAGCAGCAGCAGCAGCAGGGACAGCAGGAGCAGCAGUGGUAGGCCAAGGGACAGCAGAAGCGCUAGCACCGGGAGAAGCAAGUUCAGCAGUGGUUGCAGCAGCAUCAGAGCAAGCAAUCACAGGGAACGGCACAACCAACGCUGCCCCUGCCUUUCUACAGCUCACAGCGCGCACAGUGCCACAGGCCCCCGGUGGCACCAUGGACAGCAGCAGUGGCCUGGAAUACCAGUUUCAAUUCCUCGAGAGCCCUGCGAAUUUCCAGCUGAUUCUGUACUUUACGAACGUGGAGGGGCGGGUGAAGCGGGCGGGGGACAUGGUGUUUGAUAUUGUGUUGAACGAGCAGGUGGUGGUUGGCAGAUUUGAUUUGCCCGUCGCUACCAGCCGCCUGCCGCCAGCCAUCAGCGGCAUCGAGAUGUACGAGGUGUUCCCCGCUGCCAAGCCAACGCCCGUUGAUGAAGUCUCCGCCCUGCGCGAUUUCCAAAGGCUGCUGGGGGCGCCAGCGUCUUUGGCCGGGUGGCAGGGGUCGGACCCCUGUAACCCCAUCAAGUGGGCGGGCAUUCAGUGCACUCAGGCGCAGGGGGACAGCGAGUCACACGUCAGUGGCAUCUACCUGGGCAACUACAGUCUCCACGGCCCCAUCUCGCCAGCUCUGGCUAACGUCUCUCGCCUCCAACACCUCUGGGUGAACGACAACAACCUGGAGAACGAGAUUCCCAGCUCCCUUGGCGACCUGGGGGAUCUCUCUACUCUACAUGUUGGAGUUGCUUCUGAGAAUUCUCACAAGCGGGUCCCAGCUCCCUUAGUCUACGAGCGUUCUGUUCCGCCAGUUUAUAUUUUCUUGCACUCCCUCGCUCCCUCGUUCCGAUGCUCCCUCACUCCCUCUCACCGUCACUCCCUCAGUCCGUUGCUCGCCUUUUCCCCCACUUCCUUGCUCCCUGAUUCUCUUGCACCCUCACUCUGCCGCUGCCCCAAUCCCUCGCUCCCUCUCUCUCCAUUUCCAGCCACAGUUCGUCCCGUCCCCCUGCCAAAAUCAUUCUCGUCCCGCUCCUUUUCCUCACUUCCCUUCUCCUGCCCCUCGUUUAGUCUCCCUCUCUCGGACUCCUUCAACCUUCCUUCGCAGUCUGCGCCUUUGGGCCACCGGGGCACAGCGCAGGGGCACAAGGGGGAGGACACAGGGGGAACAGGGGGCGCAGGGGCACAAGGGGGCACCGGGGCAGCACAGGGGGCACAGAGGGGGCACAGUCCCCUGUCCCGGGGCGCAGCCGCCAAAUCCCUCUCUUUUCCUUGCUCCCCUCCUUCUCCCUCCUUUUUAUUUCCCUUAUUUCGCCCAUCUCUCCUCCCGCCCGUCCCCUUCUCUCUCUUCCCCCAGUGCCACGGGCAACGACCUCUGCUCCCCCCAGGGCCUUUACGAUCUCCCCAACUGCCGAGCCCACUUGCCCUGAUUCUUUCUUUUCCCCUUACCCGCUCCUAUCUUCCUCCCUGUUCCCCUCCUCCCCCAGUGCCACGGGAAACGAUCUCUGCUCCCCCCAGGGCCUCUACGAUCCCCCCAACUGCAGAUGCCACGUGCCAUUUGCCACUCUCGUGCAGACUGUUAAGCUCUUUUCUUCCGCUUCUCUCCUUCCCCCCGCUUCCCCCUUCCCCCAGUGCCACGGGCAACGAUCUCUGCUCCCCCCAGGGCCUCUACGACCUCCCCAACUGCGGAGCCCUGCCCCCUCCGCCCCCCCCUCCGUCCUCUCCCCCCGCCCCCCCGCCCGCACCUUCCCCCAUCUCCCCCGCACCCCCUUCCGAACCGUCCGUUCCCCCCUCUCCUUCUACUGCUGACUCAAGUGCUACUGGGAGAAACGUGUUGGUAGGAUCUGUGGUGGGAUCUCUAGUAGUUGCUGCUAUUGCUUCGGCGCUGGUGGUGUGGAUGUAUUUUAGAGGGGCCAGGAAGGACAGGGAGAAGGGGGAGAGGGGGGAGAAGGAGGAGGGAGAGAAGCGGGGUGAAGUGGCAGCAGCAGGAGGGGGAGGCGGAGGAGAGGGCGGGGAUGGGGACGAGGGAUCGGGGAAAAGAAGUGAUGGUUAUGGUGGGGGGAGUGGAAGAGGAGAGGGUGAGAGCGGGAGGCAGGCUGUUGGUGUGUCACGGAGCGGAUCAAGGGAAGACAGAGGGAGUGAGAGAGGGGGUGAGAGUGGGAGGGACGGGGAGCGGUCGAGAGGGAGAGGAGAAGGAGGGGAAUUCAGUGAUAGGGAGAGAGAUUCCAUGCCUCUUUCCGGACCUAACUCCAGCUCUACCGAGCCUCUGUUGCCCAAUGGGAAUGUAUCCGAGCGUAAGAGUGAUCCCAAUGUGGAAGGUUCUGCUCCUGCCAUCACUGCUACACAUGCAGCCACAGGUGCCGCAGCAGCAGCAGCUACAGCAGCAGCAGCGGAGGCGGCGCACAACGGACAAAAAGCGCCGCCCAACGGGCUGGCGGUGGAGGCGGCGCCGUUCACUGUGCCGUCCACGCACGUGCAGCGGAUGAGUCUGGCAGAGCUGGAGGAGGCGACGGGGGGGUUCUGUGAGGAGCAGAUGAUCGGUGCUGGGGGGUUCGGGCCGGUGUAUCGUGGCGUGCUGGCGAAUGGACGGGUUGUGGCUGUCAAACGGCGAGCGGUGGAUUCCAUGCAGGGGUCGACAGAGUUCAAUAAUGAGCUCAAGUUUCUGUCCAAGAUCCGGCACCCCCACCUGGUGGCGCUGAUAGCCUUCUGUGAGGAGCAGGGGCAGCAGCUGCUGGUGUAUGAGUUCAUGGCGCAGGGCAACCUGCGCGAGCACUUAUACGACCGGUUGGGAGCGCCAAGGGGGCGUCUGCGGUGGCUGCAGCGCCUCUCCAUUGCUGUUGGUGCUGCCAAAGGCAUAGAGUACCUGCAUGUGGCUCUCCGUCCAUCCAUCAUCCAUCGGGACAUCAAGACCACCAACAUUCUCCUCGACGACAGCCUCUGCGCCAAGGUCGCAGACUUUGGGCUGUCCCGCCUGGGCCCUCAAGACAACACGCACGUCUCCACCAAUGUGAAGGGGACUGCCGGUUACUUGGAUCCAGAGUACUACACGGUGCAGCAACUGACGGAUCGCAGUGACGUGUUCAGCUUUGGAGUGGUUCUGCUGGAGCUGGUCAGCGGGCGGCAACCCAUCGACCUCAGCCGCCCCCGCGUCGACUGGAACAUCAUUGACUGGGCGAGGAAGCAUCUGCAGCAGGGGGACAUAGAGGCAAUAGUCGACCCCACGCUCCCCCCUUCGGAAUUUCUCAUAGAUGCCAUGUGGAAGGUGGCUGAGGUGGGGAUCCUCUGUGUCGAGCCCAUGGGCAUCAACCGACCGAGUAUCAGUGAGGUGGUGCGAGAACUUGGAGAGGCUGUUGCUAUGGAGUUAUCGAAUACUCCUGUAAGGAAUCAUUUUCACCAGCAGCAGCACCAGCGGCAGCACCAGCAGCACCAGGGGCAGGAGGGGGAGGGGCAGCAGGAGUAUGAUUCUGAGAUAGGGGUGGAUUAUGGGGAUGAGAGGGGGGGAGGGAGAGGUGGAGGUGGGGAGGAAGGAGGAAGGGGUGGAGAGCGGUUGGGCGGUCAACGAGGGUACUACAAUUCCACGUUGACGUUUUCUCGCUCGGGAUCCAACGGUGGAGAUUCGUCGAGAGGGGUGGAUGGGCGGAGACGUCCGGAUGGUGACAGGGGAGGGGAACACGAGGCUCGGGACACCCCUGAGCAGAGGUUUAGGAGAGGGGAGAAUCCGAAUAGAGUGGUCCCGGCUGAGCUGGCGAUGAGCUGGCGAGGAGAAGGGGGGGAGGCGUCAGGGGGGAUGAGGGGGGAUGGGGAUGGGAGUGGGGAAGUGUGGGCGGAGAUGGGAGGUGUGAGUGAGAGAGUGAGUGGGGGAGUGAGUGAGGGAGUGAGUGAGAGAGAGAGUGGGAGAGUGGGCUGGAAAGGUUCAGGAGAAGGGUUGGCAGGGAUGGGUGGGGGUGAUUGGAGUGGGAGCAGUGUGGGGAGGCACGCGAAUGGAGGAGGGGUUGAGGCAGUCGGAGGAGGGGGAGGAGGAGGAGGGAGAAGACGAGGGGAUGGAGGAGGAGGAGAGGGAGGGAGUGCGAUGGGGUUCAGAGGUCCCGGGAGUGGAGGAGAGAUGUACAUAAGGAGAGGGGGGUCGUCAGAAGAGCUCAAUUCCCACGGUGGGGUGCAAGGCGGAGGGGUGCAAAGGGGUGGAAUGCAAGGGGGCGCGGUGCAAGUGGGUGGCCUUAUGGCGGUUUCAGAUUCGUUGAUGAGGAGAAAAAGAGAAGGAGCAUCCUAUAAUGGCCCGAUCUCCCGGCCUAACUUGCCUUUGGGUAGUGGAGGAAGAGAGGGUAGAGGGGGCAGUGAGAGGAGAGAGGGGAUAAGGGGGAUAGGGCAAGGAGGGUUCUCGGGAGAAAGUGUGGAAGCAGAUAUGAUGAUGGCACAGGCGCCACACGGGGAUUACAUGAUGCUGAGGAAGGUGCAGCAAGGGGUCAUGUCGCCGCCCGUUCCACAGGAGAAGCGGCAUUUUUCUGCUGAGGACAAGCCGCGGUUCGCCUCGCCUUUCGGGCAGCCUGGGUUUCAGCCGCGGGCAGGCGGCCGAGAUUUCGAGUCUGCCCGAGAGCCUGCGGGGGGGCAUGGUGUGCGGGGGAAUUCGGAGGGAAAGAGGCGGAUGAGUGACGGGGAAGGUGUGGAUUUGAGUACAGGCAGAGAGGAUGUGCGUAUGGUGAGGGGAGAUGUUUCUAUAAGAGAUGACUUGAGGCCAGAUUAUGAGAUGUCUAGGUCUCACGAUGAGCCACUGCAUGAUUCUGGAUUCGAGGUGUCUCGACCGCACGAUUCGGAUUUCGCGCGAUCUCGGCCGCACAAUCUGGUUACCGCCACCGCAUCGUCACUCUCCGCAGUGGAGUUGACUGAAAUGUCUUCUGACUCAUGGCGGGAAACCCCUUCCCUGCCGUUCUUACUGCCUAGCCAGGGGCAGGAGCAGUUGAGUGGUCGGCUUGAUGAGAGGGCAGUGGGGGUUUAA